AAUAAGUUUUCGAGGGAAUCUGAAAUUCAUGUGUUUAACAAUUCCGGUGUUCGUGAAGUGUCAUGUCUUCAAAAUUUGUUCACGAUUUGUCGAAAUUCAAGCCUAAAUUUUUAAAACCAGGUGAUUAUUCAUCAGAAAUAUUAGAGGAAAGAAAAGAAGCCCAUGAGACAGAACAGCCAGCAAUAUAUAAUGCUAAUUCAACUCUACCAUGUGAUCAACAAAGGCAACGAUUACCAAUUUAUAAAUAUCGAAAUCAUAUCCUUUAUCUUAUGGAGACUUACCAAACUGUUAUUAUACUGGGAGAAACUGGAUGUGGGAAAAGUACUCAAAUACCUCAAUAUCUUCUAGAAGCAGGAUAUUUUAAUAAUGAAGGCAUUAUAGGAAUAACUCAACCAAGACGAGUUGCAGCUACUAUGUUGGCAUCAAGAGUAGCUGAAGAAACAGACACACUUGUUGGACAAGUUGUGGGUUACAGUAUAAGAUUUGAAGAUUGUUUUACUGCAGGAAGGGCCAAAAUAAAAUAUAUGACUGAAGGUAUGCUGAUCAAUGAAAUGAUGUCUGAUCCUUUGUUGAGAUCCUAUUCUGUAAUAAUGCUUGAUGAAAUUCAUGAAAGGUCUUUGAAUGGUGAUAUUAUAUUAGGUUUGAUUAAAAAAAUCAUCAAGAAAAGAUCAUCUUUGAAACUAAUAAUUUCAUCUGCUACAUUUGAGGCAGAAACAAUUCAUAAAUUUUUCAACAAAAAUGAAACUCAAGAUAGGACAAAAGAUACAGCUGUUAUAAUGAGUGUUGAAGGUCGAAAUUUUCCUGUAGAUAUUCAUUAUUCACUAGAUCCUGUUCCAAACUAUAUUAAAGCUUCAGUUGAUACAGCAAUUAAACUUCAUUUGAAAGAAGAUCCUGGUGAUAUUUUAAUAUUUUUAACUGGACAAGAUGAAGUUGAACAAGCUACCUCCAUGCUUAUUGAUUUUGCUCGUGAUCAAAAACAGAAAAGCAAUUCCAUGAAGAUGUUUGUUGUUCCUUUGUAUGGGGCACUUCCUAUGUCAGAGCAAGUAAAAGCAUUCAAACCAGUUGCUAGAUCGGUCAGAAAAGUUGUAGUUUCUACAAAUAUUGCUGAAGCAUCAGUUACCAUCAGUGGUAUAACUUAUGUGAUUGAUUGCUGUUUUGUAAAGUUGAAAUGCUUUAAUAUGCAUUCAUGUACAGAUUCAUUAGUAAUAGUACCUGUUUCACAAGCAUCUGCAGAACAGAGAGCAGGUCGAGCUGGAAGAGUAAGAUCAGGAAAAGCUUACAGGCUUUGUACAGAAGAAGAUUUUCUAAAACUUCCAAGUUUUACUGUACCUGAAAUGCAAAGAAGUAAUUUAGCUCCUGUGAUACUUCAAUUAAAAGCAUUGGGAAUUGAAAAUAUCUUAAGAUUUUCUUUCCCUUCAGCUCCACCAUCAAAACAUGUCAUUAGUGCUAUUGAAUUACUGUAUGCACUUGGAGCAUUAGAUGAUAAUGGAGCUUUAACAUCGCCACUUGGUGUUCAAAUGGCAGAAUUUCCAUUGCAUCCUAUGUUUUCAAAGUUACUACUAGUAUCAGGGGAAUUCAACUGCACAGAAGAAGUUCUUUCAAUUGCAGCAAUGCUUCAAGUUCAAAAUGUUUUCAAGGUUGCUCCAGGGAGAAAAUUAGAACUGAAACGUGCAAAAUGGAAAUUUGCUGUUGAAGAAGGUGAUUUUAUAACUUUGCUAAAUGUGUAUAAUGCAUUUCUUAAGAACAAUAAUAAAUACUGGUGUGAACAAAAUUUUUUGAACUACAAAGGCUUGCAAAGAGCUGUGGAAAUUAGAUCACAACUUUCUAAACUUCUAAAAAAGUUUAAAGUUCCAAAUGCUGUGAAUAAAGAUGAAAAAGAUUCCUUAAGGAAAUGCAUUGUAUCAGCAUUUUUUGCCAAUGCUGCUUAUCUUCAUUACACUGGUGUAUACAAAACUGUCAGAGGAGAUCACACACUUCAUAUACAUCCAGAAUCAGUAGUUUCUUAUACUACACAACCAAAAUGGGUGAUAUUUAAUGAAGUUCUACAUACAACGAAAGAAUAUAUGCGAGAUAUUACAGUCAUAGAACCACAAUGGCUUUAUGAAUUGGCUCCCCAUUAUUAUCAGUAUGGAACUGAUCGUGAAGUUGGUUUAUAAGAAGACAUGUAAAUAAAAGUUUUGUACAUAUAUUUGAACUUUAUUUAUAAAAUGCACAAGUAUAAAACAGUGAUUUGUACAGAAUUUCAUGAAA